CACAGCAUGGACUCAUAAAUAUUUCAUCACAAUGUCAUCCAAAGAUGCCAUUGAAGCCAAGCUCGUUGGUACAUUCCCAGGACGCUUCAUUGGCGCAAUGCCAGUGCGCCAGUUUCUUAACUUCCUGCCUGAGGCAGACGGUCGUCCAGUAAUGCCCAACGUGGUGUCACCGGAAGAGCUUUUGACGGUUCUGCAUAAAUUUACCACCAAUUUUGAUCUUGUCGACACUUCUGGUUGUCCUGAUCCCUCUGUCGUCGUAGGCGGGUAUGAAUUCCAACCGACCAUGGGGUUAUACAAAAGCGAAAGCACUCGAAACGGAGUGACAGACAUGUCCGCGAUGGAGGCAUGGAUGAUCAUCAAGCCUUCCAUACAACAAGACCCCUUCAUCGACCCGCCGCCGAAUGAGGACUUCACUGCACCGAUACCUUGCCCUGAGGAGGACCUGCUGCCAUAUUGGGACACUAAAAGAGACACCUAUCCUAGAUUCGAGUCCACUGACAAGCGGUCCAUCUCAACGCGCGCACAUAUGGUGGCAUGCACUAAUGCCUUCUUCGCAACGCAGUUCCGUCGCUUUGGGUUUUCCAUCCUCCUCUGUGGCUCCUGGGCACGUUUUGUGUACUGGGACCGCUCUGGUGCUGUCGUGUCUCGGCAGUUUAGAUACACAAGCAAUUUCAACCUGUUGGCUGAGUUUCUAUGGAGGCUCAAUCGUGCGUCGCCUGGGAAUCGCGGCGUCGACGUAUCUGUGGUUCCCGUUUCCCUUCCAGAGUCUCAAAACAGCAUUGUCCGGGAGCUGCUGGGCGUUGGGAGUUCCGACCCUCUGUAUGGAUACAUCGUUCCCGUCGAUACCACACUUCCAAAUUCCAAAGACGCGAAAGACCAGCCUUCAUCCGCCCAUCACCUUUACGUCGGCCCACGCCCCGCCUCAAAGCAGUGCAGCCUACUCGAGCAACGAACUCGUGGCUUCCAUGUUUGGGACCUUGCGCAGAAGAGAAUUGUUUUCUUCAAGGAAACUUGGAGAUUUUAUUCCAAAGGUACCCGUACGGAAUCAGAAGUAUAUCGGGAACUACACUCUCGUCGCAUUCCCAACAUCCCGACCUUCGAGCACGGCGGUGACAUGUCUGCCCUCCGAACAAAAACGAUCACCCACUUAUUCAGCAAGGCCUGGUGGUGCUGUACCCCCAACCACAAGGCCCACCUCCCGCUCGUACAACAUCGAAUCAUCCUCAGUGGUGUUGAACGGAACCUGAGCACGUUCAAGACGCCCAUAGAAUUUCUGACCGUAUUCAAGGAUGCCCUCACAGCUCACAACGAAGCUUACGAACGUGGUGGUCUUCUGCAUCGGAACAUCAGUAUGGAGAACAUCGGCAUCACCAGUGAGGGGCACGGGCUGCUCAUGGGCUGGGAAUGCUGCACUUCCAAAUCACACGAAGAGCUAUUGGCAAUCCAGAUGGGAACUCUACCCUUCAUGUCAGGUGCUUUGUUGGAUCAAAGAUCCGAGAACAAGCACCAUGUGCUGGCAGAUGAUUUAGAAUCCUUCCUGCACGUCAUGGUGUACACUAUGGUCCGGUACCUCCCCAGCACGAUGAACACCGAGCACAGGAACACCUUGCUCCAAAUAUUUGACGAGGAGUAUAUCAUCGAUAAGGAGGGACGGGCCAUAGGCGGCUCGCGCAAGAGGAUAUGGCUUGAUGACCCUGAACGUCACGUCCUCAGAAAAUUCCCGGCACCCCCCGAGAUUGCCAGGCUACUGCGACAGCUAUGUGAAUUGUUCCCCAUUCGAUACAACUUCACUAUGCAGGUGAUCGAGCGCCACACCUACGACACGCGCUUUAAGACCCCAAGCGAUCUUCUGGCCAGUCACCAGGAGAUGAUGAGGUAUGUGGGCUUCUCAGUCCUCUCGGACGACGGGUGCUCCGACAUGGAUAUUUGUGAUUUCUAGGCCACCACCGUGAAUAGAUAUGGCUUCUAAUGUCUUGUAAGCAAUAUAGUACAGUAUAAAUAUUAUCAUACGAUGUUUAC